GGAAAGUUUAAUCAUGAAAGAUAUUAUAAAUAAAACUUUAGAAAGUUACGAUUUUAAGGGAAAAUAUUUAGAUAUAGAAGCUAUUAAUAAAUUAGAAAUUUAUUUUAAAUCAGCUAAUUUACGUAUUGAUCUUAUAAAAUUUAUUAAUGAACAAUCAGUUUUAAUUCUUAAAGAAACCAGUGCUGAGUUGUUUGAAGAAUAUAUUGAAUUAUUAAGACCAGGCGGUAAUGCCUAUACAACAAGAAGAUAUGCAGCAUCUGAUGAUCCGUCAGUCUUAGAUGAAAGAGUGUUAAAUGGUCUUAAAGAAACCUAUAAUUCUUUAGGUGUGCCUAUUGCGCCUACUAUUAGAGCACUUAAUAUAAUGAAAAAAAUCGUACAAAAACAAGUAAGUCAAGAAGCUCAAAAUAUAGUUAACUUACCUUUUGAUCAUAUGAUUAAUUCUCUAAGUUAUUAAUUAUUUAUAUAUUUAUGCAAUUAAUUAUUGUAAAUACAUUAUUAGGAAUUUUUUCUUCUA